AUGAAACCCGGCAAGGUUCGACCGAGUUUCAUCGCACUCUCCACGACGGUCUUGGCCUGCAGCGACGCCUCGAAGUGGGAGGCGGUGCUGGCCUUGCUGCAGGAUCGACCACUCUUGGAUGCAGUUACGUGCACUGCUGCAGUGACGGCUUGCCGCGACGGCAGCAGCUGGAAGCAUGCACUGGGACACCUUUCAGCAGAUUGA